GUCGUGUUCCUUAGCCAACCCGACAUCGAAAUCGGCUGCGACUGCAAACAUGGUCGGCCACGCAGCCAACGAGCUGCUGUCGACCCAGAAGGCGUCCGACUCGGGCCUCAAGGUCGUGCUACACCCACUGCCCAUCCUUGAGAUCUCCGACUUCAUUGUCCGUGGCUAUCAGCGCGGGCUAAGAGGGGCGGUCGUCGGCGCGCUGCUAGGUCAGCAAAAUGGCCGCGAGAUCACAAUCGAGCACAGCUUCAGCUGCAAGUCGGCCAAGAACGCCGAUGGUCUCUACGAGCUCGACCAGGAGUGGUUCAAGAAGCGCCUGGAGCAGAUGAAACUCGUUCAUAAAAGUCCUGCACUCGACCUCGUCGGCUGGUAUUCCCUAGUACCCAAGACAGGCCCCUCCGCCUUGCACCUUCCCAUCCACCGCCAGAUCAGCUCGUACAACGAGUCCGCCGUCUUGCUCGGUUUUCAUGUCGAAGAUGUUCUGUCCCCAGCAUCCGGAGACCCCUUACCGAUUACGAUAUACGAAAGCAACAUGGAGGCCGAGGAUAGCAAGGAGGCCGGUGAGGGCGAAGACAAGGAGAUGAAGGACGCUGAGGCUCCCACAAACAUGGUUCUCCGCUUCCGAAAGCUGCCAUACACCACAGACACUGGCGAGGCCGAAAUGAUUGCGAUGCAGUUUAUUCGCGAGGGCGGUGCCAACGCUGCCACGGUAGACGGCAACGAGAAGCACAUCCUAGAGCAAUUCGACAAAAAGAUCGCCGUCAAUGACGGCAAGGGCAAGCGUAGAGCGGUUGCCUACGAGGAGAGCAGCAAAUCAAAGAAGGACGCGGCCGCCCGUCCUACCGAGCCAGCGACAAGAAACCCCGACGCCAACCUCACACGUGCCGAGGCCGAGUACAUGUCGGCUCUCCAGGCCAAAUACAACGCCAUCAAGAUGAUGAGGUCCCGCCUGGGACUCAUCAUUACCUACCUUCAGAACCUCCCUCCCGCCUUUACCGCGGGCACUCAGACAACAUCGGAAGCAGCUGAUUUUGCCCGGGCUUCCAACGGGCAAUACACGAUCCCCUCCAACAACAUCCUCAGGCACAUCCAAGCUCUGGUAACCAACGCCGACUUGGUUGCCCCUGCGGAGCAAGCAACGCUGGAACGCGAGAUCCAGCGCGAAACAAACGACGUCAACCUCAUCUCCAUGAUCUCAGACCUCAUGUCCAGCGUGAAUGAAGCCCGCGAGGCAGGCAAGAAGUUCCACGUUGUGGAGUCGGCGCGGAACUCACGCCAGGGCAGGGUGGCCGCUACAAGCGGUUCGCUGUACGAGCAGUCCUUGUUCGAGUCUGAGUUGGGAAUGGGCGGUGACGGGGACUUUGCGGAUGGGUCCGAUUCCGUUCUUGCUCAGUACUAA